UGACCAAGACCAUGACCGUGACCAGAAUCACAACGCCUCUGCCAACCAGCAAGAGUGCUCAGACCACUAGGCCAACUGCCUCUUUCCGGAGUCCCACUUCCACAAGCAAGAAGAGGCUAAAAGUGGAAGACUUCCAGGCAGAACCCCGCUGGGACUUUGAGGAUGAAUAUAGACUGGAAGAAGGAAGCCCACAAACAAAUUGCCCUGAUUCUGUGAAGGUCAAAGCUGCCCAGUCCUAUUGGCUCCGGGAACGCUUUCUACCCAACCUCACCCUCUUCCUGGAUUUGAAACAUUUCAACCUCAGUGAGUGGGAUCGGCUGGAACAUUUUAAACCUCCAUUUGGCUUCAUGGGCCUCAAUUACUCCAUGGUUCAGGGAGUCCUGGAGAAGUUCCCACCUGUUUCUCAGCAGCAGCUUCUCUUGGCUUCCCACCCCCAAACUGGGGGCCUCCAAUGUAUCAGCUGUGCCGUAGUGGGGAAUGGAGGCAUCCUGAAAAGGUCUCAGAUGGGCCAGGAGAUAGACAGCCAUGAUUAUGUGUUCAGAGUGAAUGGGGCUCUGAUCACUGGCUAUGAGAAGGAUGUGGGUACCCGGACUUCUUUCUAUGGUUUCACCUCCUACAGUCUGCUUAUGUCACUCAAGUACUUGAGGAAGCAGGGUUUUCACCAAAUGCCAAAGGGAAAGGACAUCCACUACUUGCACUUCCUUGAAGGGCAUCGGGAUUUUGAGUGGCUGGAGAACACUCUACGUGAUGAGAUCAUGGUGAAAGCUGUCACAGAAAAAAGGUAUUUGCUGAUACACCCAGACUUGCUUCGCUAUGUGAAGAACAGGUUUUUGCGGUCAGAGAUCCUAGAUUCCAUCUACUGGCCUCUCUACCGCCCUUCUAAUGGUGCCUUUCUGCUGCUCACUGCAAUCCAACUGUGUGAUCGGGUUAGUGCCUAUGGUUUCAUCACCAAUGACUUUCGUCGAUUUGCUGAUCACUACUAUGAUCCAAGGUGGGAAAAACUGAAGUUGUACACCAACCAUGACUUUAUACUAGAGAAAAGACUGUGGAAACAAUUACAUAAUGAAGGCAUCAUCCGGCUAUACCAAGGUCCCAAAGCCAUUACACCACAGAACUAGAAGGUCUCAGAAGUGACUGGUCUGCUUUCUCAUGGUGUAAGUAGAAGAAAGGGAACAUUGUGAAAGAAGAAGGAUUACAUGCACCUUUGGGAAAGCUCUAAGCUUUGAUAGCUACUUGAACUGCCCUCCCCCUAACCAAGUAGAAAGGGCUCACUUCAGGCCAAGGCCAUGGGGACUGAAAUUUAGAAAUCUUUUGAAAAGGAAAUAGGAGGAUCUGGUGGGUUCCUGGGUGUGAACUAAAUGGGGUUAUGAAUAGAGUUAAUACUAAGAUAUACUGCCAGAAAGUACACCUACUCUUUUCUUCUCGGUGUAUACACACACACACACACACACACACACACACACACACACCCUUUCCUUUCCAGAGCCUAUGACUAGGUUUGAAACCACAAUGACAGAGGGAAAUCACAUUCCCAUGGUCAACCUGAAGUGUUGCAUCCUUGGAACAAGACCCUAAUUAGAGGCAGAACCACGGAAAACUCCAGGGCUGGGGCAAAACGUGGGGCUGUCGAUAACGUUCUACCUUUCUGCGUCCAACAAAGGAACGCAAAGUUUAAUGCCCACAGGUCCCAGGACCAAGG